UAUUGUUGAAUGUUAGGUAAGGAAUACGGUUAAGAUACUUGUAUCCCCCAAUAAGUCAUCAUACUAUCGGGGAAUUUAGAAAAGGAAGAAUGUUAGGAAACAUCUACUUUGACCUCUUAUUUACAGAUAAAGAAACUGAAGCUCCUAUGUGUCAGUAGCCUGCUAUAGUAACUGAACAACUGCAGAUAACUUUAUUCCUUUGAAUUAAGACAAAGCUCCAGCAGUUCCAAUUCAAAUACAAACACCCCUGCUCGGAUGUGAAGGAAGUUUAAUGAAGUUAUCAGCCACUAACCACUCAAGUCUAAAUAAGUCUAUCAAUUGACUAGCAAGGGCUCUGCCUGGAAUGACUCAAGUUGGUGAGGUCAAACUGGGCAGUCUGUGGCAGACUGAAGAUUUAAUAUAUAGUUAAGGUACAUAGUAGAGAACUAAACUGUGGAACUCCAUGAGGACUUUAUGAAGGGAGCACAGGACUUCCAGUAACCAGACAUUACAACUGGAAGGGGAGUGAGAGGCCGCCGCCGCGCCCGGGGCCGGUUCGGCCGCUGCCGAGUCCAUGACCCCGACUCCUCCUCCGGGGACAGCCGCCGCCGCCGUCCCGCAGCAUCGGGCCCCCAGCAGCCGGCUCUCGGCCCCGCAGACCCCCGCCCCUCCUCCGCCUUCUCCUCCGCCACCUCCUCCGCUUCCUCCAGCUCUCUCUCCGGCCCUCGGCUGCCCGUCCUCGGGGCUGCAGAAGGAAGAGGCUUCCGACUGGGGUGUGAGAAUGGCUUUGUCUUUGGAAGAAGUUCCGUGGUUAUGUGUGACCUUUGUGAACGCUGUCCUGAGGUUCCUCUUCAUGGUCAUGAAUAAUUUGGUCGCCAUUCCAUCCUACGUCUUGUACAUCAUCAUUCUUCAGCCUCUCCGACUGUUAGACAGGAAGCAAUUCUGGUAUAUCGAAGGGAUCAUGUACAAGUGGCUUUUAGCCAUGGUGGCUUCCUGGGGUUGGUGUGCAGGUUACACAGUAAUGGAGUGGGGUGAAGAUAUUAAAGCAAUUUCUGAAGAUGAAGCUGUGAUGUUGGUGAACCAUCAAGCAACAGGAGAUGUAUGUACAUUAAUGAUGUGCCUACAGGACAAAGGAAUGGUUGUUGCUCAGAUGAUGUGGUUGAUGGAUCAUAUAUUUAAGUAUACAAACUUUGGUAUUGUUUCUCUAAUUCAUGGAGAUUUCUUUAUAAGACAGGGAAAAUCUCAUCGUGAUCAGCAGCUUGUUCUUCUUAAGAAGCACCUAAAAAAUUAUUACAGGAGCCGAGAUCGGAAGUGGAUUGUUCUUUUUCCAGAAGGUGGCUUCCUCAGGAAGAGACGAGAAACAAGUCAGGCAUUUGCCAAGAAAAAUAAUUUGCCAUUCCUUACACAUGUCACCCUGCCAAGGCUUGGGGCAACACAAAUUAUUUUGAAUGAACUUGUAGCACAACAAGAAAAUGGAACUCCAGCAGGUGGAGAUGCUAGGGUGAUAGAGAAUAAACCAAAAGGCCUCCAAUGGGUCAUAGAUACAACCAUAGCUUAUCCUAAAGCUGAACCUAUAGACAUCCAAACCUGGAUUCUUGGAUAUAGGCGACCAACAGUUACUCAUGUUCACUACAGGAUUUUUCCAAUUAAAGAUGUACCUUUGGAGAAUGAUGCCCUUGCUAAUUGGCUCUAUCAGCGAUUCAUUGAAAAGGAGGAUCUCUUGUCACACUUUUAUGAAACAGGAGCUUUUCCUCCCCUAAUGGGCCAGAAGAAAGCCAUUUCUAAAGAGAUGACUCUCAACAACUUGUGGCUAUUUUUCAUACAGUCCUUAGCAUUUUUAUCUGGCUAUAUGUGGUACAACAUUCUACGGUAUUUUUAUCAUUGCCUAUUCUAGGAGUUGAAUGGGACCUAUGGACACCAUAAGAGUUUAGGCUUUUGCAAAUGUGCAUUAUAUUACAUGUGCAAAUGAGAAUAUACGCAAGUAAAGGAAAUUGGAUGGCCAGCUUAAUUUUUAUCCCACUUUGGGGAAAUUUUAAAACUUUACUAAAAGUGAGGAUCAGUAAUAUAAUGACCUGCUAAUGUAUUUUAAGAACUUUCCAUGUUUUUAAAAGGUAUACCAUACCACAAACAUAACACAAACAUGCUAUUGGCAGAAGAGGAGGUUAUGACAUCAUCCUGGAAGACUUAAGAGAAAUUAUAUCACCACUGAAUAUACUUGGAAACUUUUAAGUUUAGAAAGCUUGAUUUUCCUCUUAUCCAGUAGUCUGUACUACCAGUGUUCUAGAGAUCCCUUGUUUCCACUGAUUGAAGUUAUGUUGCCACUCACAUUUCUGGGAGCAUUUGGGGCCUCCUGCAUAACUGUUUCUUGGUCAUCAGUUUAUAUUUUAAGACAAAAAUGAAAAAAAAAACCACCACCAUUCCUAAACACCUAAGUGAAAUGUAGUGUCAGAAAUUCUCUGGAAAAACGAGUGCUCAUUAGGCCUAAUAGUACUAGGGUGUGUUUAAACAACAAGAGAGAUUAGUCUCAGCUCUCUCGGCCUCUACUUUGUUGAGUUUAUCUUCCACCAUCAUGUUUACACGUGCUAUUGCUUUCCCAUUUCCAAGGGAGGGAAAAAAUGUCUUGUCAUUUGGUUUCUGACGAUACAUUUCAUGGAUUAAUUAUCUCUUGCAAAAUGCACUUUUAAGAGAUUCUCAUAUACAGUGAAGGAAAAGUCUGUGGCUUGAGAGGGUUUGAAUUUGUUACCAGCAGUGGGUUUCCUGAGAGGCCUUGCUACCUCCGGAGGUUUCCGUAGGUGCUGAUGCUCUUCAACAAGGCUGCGCUUUGGGGACCGUACCAUGGUGGAUGUGGCAGAGAGCUCAGAAGCCUUUUGUUCAGAGGAAUUUUUUUUCCCAUUUUGAUGUGCUACAGUAAAUACAUUUGGGGAUGGUUAAAACACAUAAUGCCAAACAACUGUAUAUGUUCUGUUUAGGGAGAAAAUAGACUAGUUAGUUGAUUAGAAAACUAAUAAUAGCUAGAGCCAGACAAUGGCUUAAAAAUGAUACGAAAUUAUUCAGUCUCCUGUGACGAGAUACAAACAUAGCCUUCUAGAUCUCUGUACAAACAGCACUAUUUUCACCAUAUCAAAAGUAGUUGCUAGUCUCAGGAGAAGGAAGGUUAACUAGGAGGCAAACUAUUGCAAAUGCAGCCUCUUUUCUUCCAAAAGCUUUUAAAGUAGUCCAGUUCUUAUUGAUUCCUAGAAAAUCUAGUUCUUGUCAUCCUGUUUGUGUGAUUUACCUCGUGAUAGAACCAAAUUCUUUCUACAAAGGAGCUACAUCGGUACAUAGUUUAAAUGCCAGAUGUUGAGCUACUGGGUGUUUGUGGUUUGGAAUUGUAAAAUUAUUAAGAUCCAAGUAAGUCAGUUGUAGUGUUCUGUGCUGUUGGCAACAUAGAUUGCCCUGUUGCCUCUUAAUCACACAAAUACCAGUUUUGAUAGGUAGUCUAUAAGAUAAAAAUAAAACUAAAUGUUUUCCAUUUAAAGUAAACCAAAAAAUAGAAAGAUGUGAAUUUCCCCUCAGUUGUGUGGGAAAAGUUAGUUAACACCAAAUAUAAGCCCACAAUAGCUUCAUCUUUUAAGGUAACUCAGUGCAUAUGUAACAAAGAACAUAACGCAGUAACUGAAAUACCUCAUUGACUGGAAAUACUGCUAUUGGUAAAAUACAGAAAUGUUGGUGUACUUAGUUUGAGAAAUACUCAUUAUAAGAUGAAAUAUUGAAACUCAGCUUUUUUAUUGAGUGCCCAUACACACAGUGAUAGUACACACACAUACAACCCAGCUCACCCUAGGGGCACUUAAGGAAAAGAAGAGAAAGUAAAUUGUUUGUGCCCCUUCAUUUGCAAACCCCUAUUCUGUUGGUUUCUUCCUCCAUAGUAAUGUAGUUGUGAGUAUUUUUUAAAAAAUCCUUUAUUCUGACGUUCACAGUUGAAAAAGAAAAAGUGUUCUAUAAAGGGACAGUUAAACUCUUUAAAUGAUUGCAUUCGUCUGAAGAAGCUCCAUCCUGGAAUAUAAUACUUUUCCACAGUAAUGGGUGGUCAAACAAGACAAAUGACUAUGCCAGUUACUUACACGGUGGGUAUGGGCAGCGUAUAGGUGGGUACACAGUUGACCCAAUAAUUUCUUAAAUUAUUUUAAAGCAUAUCUUCUGUUUGUAAAACAUGUUUGUUUCAGAGCACUGAUAGUAGUUUCCUUCUCGUGAGUAGUGUUCUCCUAGCUGCACUAAAGAAUGUGAAAGGAGAAUCAGUGUUCCUUCCUCUAUGGUAAUCAGGGUGUUUUCUCUUGUUGUUGUUGUUGUUGUUGUUUUAAAAAACCAAACUGAAUAAAACCUUCCAGUUUGCAGUGUAGUUUUUGUGUUGAAAGGGAAGGAAAUUCAAAGGACUCACAUUUUUAUCAAGACAAAGCAUUAUAAAUCUUAUAGGAAAUAGUCUGCUAGCUAGCAGAAGUUGUUUGGCGCUCACCAGUCUAAGUUACCCUGCGGAGCGUCGCCGCCUCUGCACUUGCAGUUCAUUUGUCCUACCUAGUACAACCUCAGCAGAGAUGAGCGGGUACUGCUAGAAAUCCGACAGUCCUGAGCGUCGCUUUCUUCUUGGUAGGACCAGUAACUUGGUUUCAGUGACUACAAAAGUGAUCUAAAUACACCAGUUGACUGUCACUUUUAGAAUCAGUUGGUGGUUUAGGUGCAUUGCUGUGGAGAAACCCAUUAUCCAAGGGAGGCUUGAGGGUAAAUUGAAGAAAGUAAUAAAGGUUUAAAGGGGAAACAGGUUACCUACGACACGUAGUUAUGAGUUUCUAGACAAUAGGUCUUUUUUUAAAGGUAGUUUGUGUGUUCAAGUCUAUAUGAUUGGGUAGUUUCUUCAUUACAGCCAAACCUUGUUUAUUAUCUGGAUAAAUGAUAAAUGAAAUUCACAGAUAAUCCAAAAAUGUACUAUAUCUAUUAGUUUCGGUCUCCUCUCUAGUCAAACCUUUAAUGUUACAAGAACAAACGUGACUGAUUUGAUUUAUAGCUUCCCUGGUCUUGUAUUUGUGAAUGUGCUACUGAGCAGUUAAAUGAACAAUGGCAACCAUAAGAGGAGAAACAACAAGCAUAAAUAAUCCACACACUGAUUAAUCAGUUCCUGAAUAACCAAGAGUUGGCUGUAAAACUGUUCUCAAACUGUUUUAUUAAAUUGAAAUCUUAAAUCAGCAAAUGUAAACUUCUGCGGUACAUCAUUCUAUUGUUAAUGCCUUUGAAAUUUGUUUUAUGAAUGUUCAUUCUGCCCCUUUGUGGAUUUGUCUAAGUAAUUUUCUUUUUUGACAAUCACUUCACUAAAUACUUGUCUGUAAUAUUUAAACUUGGUUAUAAUAAAUAAUCUUCAAUCAUGAUAAAUAGGAGUUGGAUUUGUGUUGAUAUUUAAGAAAAUAUUUGCACUGCUAAAUAGGAAGAUUUAAUUGUUUUCUUUUAUUUCCUUUUUCUUAAAUGAAAAUGAAAUGUACUUUACCAUGAUGGUAGUAUUCAGCUCUAGUUCAGGUAGAGCAAAAAGUAAAAAUAAUCUGUUUUCUUGCCAUGCAGUGCUGUGAACCUUACCUCUGUUAAAAUGAAAGGAAAAGUCAAGUACUGGGCGUGGCCCCACAGGUACAUUAGUUCAGUUUAUAUGUGCGUAAAGCAGAAUGUGCUUGGGACCAAAACCACCUAAGUGAGGGAUAUCUAAAUCACAAAGAAGCCUGGGAGUCCUUUGGAGCAGGUGUUGGUUGGUACUUAACUUCAACCAUUUUGCAACACUCCCCAACAAGUAAGAUCUGGGCCCUGGAAAUAAACUGAGGGUGCUAGACUGUCAGGGGAAGGUGAUUGGAGCCAUAUGAAUGAUAACAAUACGGAUUUUUUUUUUUUUUGGUAAAAUUACAUGUUUAUGGAUUUUUACAUUUAGUGUUUUUUAAAAACAGUUUAAAGAGCAAAAUAAAACUUGUAUUCUAGUUGCAAAGUAUGCACACAUGUUUUGAAUGGCUUUAUUUUUAUUGUGUAAAACUGUUGAACACAUAACUGAUGCACAGAUUCUUUACAUGUUAAGGAGUCUAUGCAUUUGACAAUAACUUCUGUUUUACAAUUGGGUAAUGAAACAGUUAUACAUUGAACCACUGUUGUAUUAAAAGACAUUGCUUUUAAGGUUGUUAUUACAAAAUUGUGUUUAUUUUAUAAAAUGGAUUUUAGUUUUCCUAAUGCCAUAUUGUUUACUUUAGCCUGUUUCACCUUUCCCUUUUUUCUUGGUGUGUUAUUUGCAUGUUGUUCUGUAUGAUAAGAAUGAAUGUAAGGCUGUUGUGACUAAUUAACUUUUGUAAAGGGCUGGUCACAUGUGGAUCUGUUUUAUUAAUACAUUUUAAAUGAUUUUAGUAUCCAGAUCACCUUUUCAGAAAUUUGGUGUUAAUACCAAAAAAAAAUCACAUAAAAAAACACAAAACAACAAAAAAAAAAACUUUUCUCAACAGAAAUUAAUAGCUGGCUCUAUUUUUUUUUAACUGUGCAAGAAAAUAAAAUUGAUUUUCAAGAUAAAGUGCUUCUAAUUCUUCUUAGUUGAAUGGGGUAUUUUGGUGUUGUGUGGGUUUUGUUUCUGGGGGUUUGGGGAGAUUGCUACUUUUUGCAUUGGGAUUUAGAGGAAAGUUCGUAAUGAAAAAAUGUAAAUUGAUUGCCCCCAGCAGCCUGAAUUAGAUCAAAUGGCAAAAUAUUAACUCUUGAUUUGAAAAGCCCGUUUUUUAAUUUUGUUCUUGGCCUCUUUAACUCUUGGUAGUGUCUUAUAUUUCUCACAUUUGCUCCAUCCAGAGCUCUCAGGAAAAUGGAUACUUGUCACAAAAAUUCCUCUUUCUAGGCAAGGGGCUUUUAAAAGUUGAGAACACUAAUGUCAGAGUAAUAUUGCAUGUUCUUAUGAUUUAGAAAAAUGAAACUCAGAGCUAUUCCUGAAGAGCUUUAUUAGCCACUAUUCUCAGUUUACUCUUCUACUUUCAAAUUCCUUCAUCAAAGCCAAGUAAAUUCAUAAAUGUGUAUCUCAGAUUGGUUGGAACACUUGAAGGAUCUAUCAGAUUUGUUGGUUACAGGCAAUAAGUCUGAACCCAUUGAAAACUCAAGCGGACUAGAGUGUGUUGCACAAUCUACCCAAUGAGUGUAAUGUUCAGUUCAGUCUACCUCUUCUUUUGGGUCAGGAUUUAGGUCAUUAUUGGGGGGGAGGGGGAAUGGAUUUUUGUCUUAUGUAGAUGUUUCUGUGAAAGGUGAAGAACAAUUGGAGGAAGGAGCCUGAAAGCGAAUUCUAAAGCAUGAAGAGAUCUGUUGCUGACCAGCCCUGUUCCUCAUGAGUUUUGGGGAAAAAAGCCAUUGUUUUUAAUUCCCGCCUAAAUAUGAAUAUGAUUGUUUUACAAAUGUUUGUUCCUGCUGAAAAAAAAAUGUAUUUUUAAAAGGAAAAAAAUCCUUCUUUUGGCUAUAAGAUAAAGUCAGCUGUAUGACCAGGUGUGACCAUAUCAUAACAUGCUGAUAUAUAAUAUAAAUCAAUAAAUUUUUACCUCUCAGGA